GGCACGGGCCGCCAUUUUGGGUGGCAGGGCUGGGCGCGGAGCGCAGCACCGCGGGCGGCGGCGGCCCGCCGGGGCGCGGGGGGGAAGCGACUGCGGCCUCCGGGCGGGCGGGCGGCCCCCAUGGCCGGGCAGUUCGACUCCGAAGACCGGGCAAGUUGGUACUGGGGGCGGCUGAGCCGGGCCGAAGCGGUGUCGCUGCUGCAGGGGCAGCGCCACGGGACCUUCCUGGUGCGCGACUCGGGCACCAUCCCCGGCGACUUCGUGCUGUCCGUGUCCGAGAGCUCCCGCGUCUCGCACUACAUCGUCAACAGCCUGGGGCCGGCGGGAGGCCGGCGGUCCGGCAGCGAGGGCCCUGGGGCCCCGGGGUUGAACCUCACCAGGUUUCGGAUAGGCGACCAAGAGUUUGAUUCUUUGCCAUCUUUACUGGAAUUCUACAAAAUACACUAUUUGGACACUACAACCUUGAUAGAGCCAGUUUCCCGAUCCAGGCAGAGUAGCGGCGUGGUCCUCAGGCAGGAGGAGGCCGAGUAUGUGCGAGCGCUCUUUGACUUUAAUGGAAAUGAUGAAGAAGAUCUUCCAUUUAAGAAAGGAGACAUACUGAGAAUCCGGGACAAACCUGAAGAGCAAUGGUGGAAUGCAGAAGACAGCGAAGGAAAGAGGGGGAUGAUACCUGUUCCUUACGUCGAGAAGUAUAGACCUUCCUCCGCUCCAGUGUCUGCUCUGAUUGGAGGUAACCAGGAUAGCUCCCACCCGCAGCCAGUGGGUGGGCCGGAGCCAGGGCCCUAUGCCCAGCCCAUCGUCAGCACUCCGCUCCCUAACCUCCAGAAUGGCCCUAUUUAUGCCCGGGUUAUCCAGAAGCGAGUCCCUAAUGCCUACGACAAGACAGCCUUGGCUUUGGAGGUCGGUGAGCUGGUGAAGGUCACAAAGAUUAAUGUGAGUGGUCAAUGGGAAGGAGAGUGCAAUGGCAGACGUGGCCACUUCCCAUUCACACAUGUCCGCCUCCUGGAUCAACAGAACCCCGAGGAGGACUUCAGCUGAGGGUGGCUCAGCACUUGCGCCUGCAAACGGGAACAAUCCCAACUGGGUUUUGUUGCAGACGCCAUCGAGACUACGUUCUGACAGACGCUGAAAGCGGUAUUGCUUGGACAAGCAUUCUGAUCACCUGCAAACCCCUGGGACCGAACACCACCGCUCCUUAAUCGAGGGUCCAGUAAUUCAGGGUACGACAGUCGAUCACUUGCGUGUCAAGUGGCAGAGCUAGUCCGUGAUUAUAGGUUGUAACGCCUGCUUAUGUCCCUGGGCAGCAGCCUGGGCCUUGCCAGCAGCAGCAGCAGCUGGGGGAAGCAGGAACGUAGAUGUUACGGUAACAUGUAUAGCUCUCUCUGGUCCUAUCGCUUAUGUUGCUUCUUCCUCAGGCAAUGAACAUCAACCUUAGACAAUUCAAUACCUAGAUAGAGAUUUCACAGAUUUAUCCUGGAGCUUUCUCCGUGGUUUUUUUUCCCCCCCGACCCUGAAUUCUCUGUCCCAGAAAGGCCACCGAGUGCUGUGCGUGGCCAGUGAGCUGUGCACAGCACGCAUUCACGCAGGGCCCGGUGGGGACAGCCGUGUGAUUUACAGCCGCUGACCAUUUUAACGGGAAAUGACAGAUCAAAUCAACCUUGGAAUUCUAGAAGUUUGUGGACACUAGAUUGAUUCCUUCAGUACUGUUGAUGCUUCAAACAAUGCAGCUGAUUUUUAAAUGACAAUUUCUAUUAACACACCCAUAUCUCUUUUUAUCCAGAAUUAGAAGGCUUACGGAAGUGUAAACGUCCGUAUCAGUGCUGCAAAAUGCGUGCAUAGCACUUUAAUGCAUAGCUGGGAAGCAGUGUUUGAUUCACUAAAUAUACUAAAAUAUUGACACUGCUUUCUGAAAUUAAAUUAUAUAGGGCCAGUUUAAUUUCUCUAGAGUUCUUCAAUACUCCUACUGUACAAUAUUCCUCCAGCACAAAUUGGUGUCAAACACGGUGAACUGACAAACCAAACACUACUUCUUAGUUUAAAGUUACUCUGGGGACUCUUCUGGCUUAAUUCCCAUCUGUAAAAUAUUUGAUAGUGAAUUCAUGAGGAUUUUAUUUUUAAUAAACUAAUGGAAAAUA